AUGUCUCAAUACAAGCUUUUUUAUUUCCCGUACCGAGGUUUCGCCGAGGUUUCUCGUCAGGUUGGUGCCUUCCGAAGAACUGUUUUAAGCUAAUAAUUUCAGCUUUUUGCUCUUGCCAAUGUUGAAUACGAAGACAUCCAAAUUACGUUGGAUCAGUGGCAGUCUAAAAAAGAAGGUUUGAGAGAUAAUAAAUGAAAGUUUCAAAAUUUCCAAAUCUUAGAAAUGCCGUUCGCCAAACUGCCGGUGCUGGAAGUGGAUGGCGUCCAAAUUCCUCAAUCACUGGCUAUCGCCAGGUUCCUUGCGAGGAAGUUCGGUGAGAAAAUUUGACUUUUCUGACUUAAACGUGUGUUUCGGAACUUGUAAAUAAAGUUUAAUAUAAGAUUCAGGUGUAUUUUGGGAAGAACAAACGGUUUGCAGGCUUCGCCGGCAAGAAUCCGAUAGAAGAAGCUCUGGUCGACGCCUUGGCCGACCAGUACAAGGAGUUCUACACAGAAAUGGCGGACUUCUUCUACCGGGCUUCUGGAUUCAAAGAAGGCGACGUUGAAGAAGCCAAGAAUCGAGCUCUUAUUCCGGCUCGCGACAAGUUCUUCUCGUACUUGGGAAAGUACUUGAAGAAGAGCAAGUCAGGUGAGAAAUCAAAAUAUGUAUAGUAAAUGCUCCGAUUUUUUGGACUUUAUAACUCGUAAAAUUCAGAAUGAAGUUAAAAACAAUUUUAAUGCAUUUUGAUGUUUUGUUCAGUUUUUUCAACGACUAUAGUUUCAUAUAUUUUCGAUUUUCCUGGUGAAAAUUGUCUUCUAGUUUUUGUCUGUUUUAUUCUUUAGGUAACCUAAAUUUUCAUAUUUUCUCAAUAUUCUUGUAUGUUCCAGUAAAAAGGUUCUUUUUUCCAGGAUUCCUAUUCGACGGCGGCCUGACCUACGCCGACCUGAUCAUCGUCGACAACAUGACGGCGUUGAUCUCCUUCUACCCGGAAUACUUGAACGGCUUUCCUGAGGUUGAACUUUGACAAAUAAAAAAAAAGAUGAUUUUAUUCAGAUCCAAGCCUGGUACGACAAGGUCGUCAACGUGCCGGCCAUCAAGGCCAGAAUCGAAUCUCGCCCGAAAUGGCCUGCGUAA